GGGCUUUAUUUUUAUUUAAUUUUUUUUUUUUUUUAAUUUUUAGAAAAUAGAUUUUUUAUUUUUUUUUUUCCUCUUGCCUUCCAAAAAUACCCAUCGCACCUCCGCCACCCCCCUCUCAGCUCCCCCCCCCGCCCAGCCCCGCCACCCCCGCAGCGCAUGAGGCCGGGCCGGGCGCGGGCCCCGCGCUCCCGCCGCCCGUCCCCGCCGCCCCGCGCCCCCCGCCCCGCAGCCCGGCCCCCCGCCCGGAGCAUGGCCCCCGGCAGCGCGACGGAGCCGGAGCGAGGGUGACCGCCCGCGGGGGACACUGUGCCGCUGGCCUCGGGGAGGCUUUUAUUAUUAUUGUUAUUAUUGUUAUUGUUAUUUUUAUUAUUGGGUUUUUAAAUUUUUUAAUUCUUUCGCGGGGCAGCGCUUUUUUUUUUUUUUCCUCCUCCUUCGGCGCGGUGGAAAACACACGUUUUAGACCAAAACCCCAAACCAGCCCAUCCAUCCUCUUUUGCUUUGCGCUUCGCAGCAACUUGGAGCCCGUUAAUUGCACUUGGCGAUGGAUGAGUUCCACCCCUUCAUCGAGGCGCUGCUCCCCCACGUCAGGGCCUUUGCCUACACGUGGUUCAACCUGCAGGCCCGCAAGCGCAAGUACUUCAAGAAGCACGAGAAGAGGAUGACGAAGGAUGAGGAGAGGGCGGUGAAGGACGAGCUGCUGAGCGAGAAGCCGGAGGUGAAGCAGAAAUGGGCCUCGCGCCUCCUGGCCAAGCUGCGCAAGGACAUCCGGCCCGAGUGCCGCGAGGACUUCGUGCUCUCCAUCACGGGCAAGAAGCCCUCGUGCUGCGUCCUCUCCAACCCCGACCAGAAGGGCAAGAUGCGUCGCAUCGACUGCCUGCGCCAGGCCGACAAGGUGUGGCGGCUGGACCUGGUCAUGGUCAUCCUCUUCAAAGGGAUCCCGCUGGAGAGCACCGAUGGCGAGCGCCUGGUCAAGUCUGGCCAGUGCACCAACCCCAUCCUCUGCGUCCAGCCCCACCACAUCAGCGUCUCUGUCAAGGAGCUCGACCUCUACCUGGCGUAUUUCGUCCGUGAGAGAGAUGCAGAGCAGAGCAGCAGCCCCCGGACAGGCAUCGGCUCGGACCAGGAGGACAGCAAACCCAUCACGCUGGAUUCCACAGACUUCCAGGAAAGCUUUGUCACCUCGGGGGUGUUCAGUGUCACCGAGCUCAUCCAGGUGUCCCGAACACCGGUGGUGACGGGCACGGGGCCAAACUUUUCCCUGGGGGAGCUGCAGGGCCACCUGGCCUACGACCUGAACCCCUCCAGCACCGGCAUGAGGAGGACGCUGCCCAGCACCUCCUCCAGCGGGAGCAAACGGCACAAGUCGGGGUCCAUGGAGGAUGACAUUGACACCAGCCCGGGGGGCGAGUACUACACCUCCUCCAACUCCCCCACCAGCAGCAGCCGCAACUGGACAGAAGACAUGGAAGGGGGCAUCUCCCCCACCGUGAAGAAGACAGAGAUGGACAAGUCCCCGUUCAACAGCCCAUCGCCCCAGGACUCCUCGCCUCGGCUGAGCAGCUUCACGCAGCACCACCGUCCCGUCAUCGCCGUGCACAGUGGUAUCGCCCGAAGCCCGCACCCAUCGUCUGCGCUGCAUUUCCCCACCACCUCCAUCCUCCCCCAGACGGCCUCCACCUACUUCCCGCACACGGCCAUCCGGUACCCGCCUCAUCUCAACCCGCAGGACCCGCUCAAAGAUCUCGUCUCGCUGGCCUGCGACCCGUCCAACCAGCAGCCCGGACCGUUAAAUGGAAGUGGUCAAGUGAAAGUGCCCAGCCACUACCUGCCCACGCAGAUGCUGGCGCCGCCACCUCCCCCCGGCAUGCCCCGCUUGGCCGUCUCUCCUGACACCAAAUCCACCACGACAACUUCCGAGGGAGGGACGACCUCGCCGACAUCACCCACCUACUCUGCACCAGGCACGCCCCCUGCGAACCGUACCUUCGUGGGAUUAGGACCAAGGGAUCCUGGGAGUAUCUAUCAGGCACAGUCCUGGUACCUGGGAUAACCGCCGCCGUGCCGCCCCUUCGCCUCCCUUCUCCUCUGCUUUAGGCACCCCCAGAGGAACAUCCCCGUCCCCGAGCACCAGGCCCAGCCUUGCGGUGACGACGGAGAGCGCGGCCUCACGACGACGACGACGACGACGACAAGCAAAACCCACACCCGAAGGAAAGAGCGAGGGAAAGGAAGAAGGAAAAGGGUCAAACUGUUUUAAAAAGGAAACAAACAAACAAACAAAACAACAACCCAUCCCAGGAGGACCUUCCCCCCCCACCCCGGCGAUGCGCCAGAAAACAAAGAAACAGGAAAAAAAAAAAAAAAGAAAAGAAAAAAACACUAUUAUUUACCCCGUCGGCCGGCGCCGCGCUGAGACCUGACACAACUCGUGCCAGCAAUGCCUCCCGGAGCGGCUGCAGGGCCGCGGUGCCGAGCCCCGCCGGCCGCUCGCCGGAUAUGCAAACGGCUUUGACUCUCGUUCUUGCCUCUAUGUGAGUAGAAAAGAUCAAAAAAAAACCCUCCGCCGACCCCCCCCGGCCCCACGCAGACUCUCGGGGGGCCCCGGGGCUGGGGUGGGGUGCGGCGGGGCGGGCUGAGGGGUCCCUCCUGCCACCCGAGCCCCGCGGACCGGCCGCGCCCGCGGUCAGGGCAGGUGAUGCUCCGCGCCGUGACAGCGCCCCGGGGGUGGGUGGCAUCGUGCUGCGGUGGCACGGUGACACGGUGGCACGAACGGGUGUCACAGGAGCAGGGGGCUUUUGGCCGCGGAGGGUGCGCGGGCACGGCCAGAAACGGUUGUGGUGGCGGUGACACCCCGGUCCCCGCGGGGACACAGCGUGGGGACCGUCCCAGCACGGCCCCGACAGGACCCGGGCGGCCACCGUCACUCCGGGGCACCGGUCGCCGUUCCUCUGGUCGCCUUCCUCCCCCCCCCAGCCCGCAGCAGCCCCGGCCCCGUGUGUCCCCACGCGUGUCCCCCGGCGUGUCUCCCGGCGUGUCCCCGUGGGGCCGGGGCGGGGGGGGCCGUGCGUCCGUGUGUUUGAGCUAUGCAUUCCUGUGGACAGGUACCAGGUGGGAGGCAGGAGAGGGUGCGCUCGUGUUGCACAUUUUGUAGGAAAUGCACUUUUAAGAGGGAAUCGUCAAAAAAAAAAAAAAAAGAAAGAAAGAAAGAAAGAAAGAAAAAAGAAGAAAAGAAAAAAAGAAAUCACAAAAAAGGAAGAGGAAGAGGAGGAGGAGGAGGAGGUGGAGCCCCCGGCACUGGCUUGUCGGGACGGCUGGUUUGGGGUUUUUUUGGGCUUUUUUUUUUUUUUUUUUUUUUUUUUUUUUUGGAUACAAAAGGAUGGAGCAAAGGAGCCCGAGCGAGGGCGAGGGCAGAGCCAGACCCCCGGAGCCCCCCGGAGCCCCCGGCCCCGCGUCAAGUGCCUGAACUGCGGCGGGGAGGGGUCCCGGCCACCCCGGAGGAGCCCCCGGCCGGGGGCAGCACGGGAGGAAGCCCCCAGCCGUCCCCGCCCCGCGCGGUGGCACCGUGGCCGGGAAGGGGACACAGGGAUGUGGCAGUGCCUUAGAGCAGAGGGACCCCCGCGACGGCCCAGGCGAGGAGGAGGAAGAGGACGAAGGCACCCGGUGUCCCCAGCGAGAUGGUGGCGGCCGCGGAGGACACCGGUCCCCAAGGGAUCCCCCCCCGCCCAGGGGACACCCCACGGGCGAUGAUGGAGAGAAGCCACCGUGGGAUGUCCAGGAGCUGGGGAUGUCACCGCCGCCGCCCGCCUGGCCCCCUCCCCUGGCACCCAGAGCCGCCCCAAGGACCACCGGCAUCGCAGCCCCCAUCCCAGCGGCCCCCGCUUCCCCCCGCUUCCCACCCCCCCGGGACGGCACAGCGAGGCACCGGGAAAGGGCUGACGCAGGAAAUCCCGGGAGACAGAAAAAUAAUCAAAAAGGACAAGAAAAGGAGAAAACCCACAGGAAAAAAAAAAAAAAAGAAAAGAAAAAAAAAAAAAGACAACAAAAAGCGCUUGGCAGAGAGGGAAACCUGUUUUUUUUAAAAAGAUCUGAGAAGAGAAACACAUAAAAAAAAAAAAACAAACACAAAAAGACACAAAAAAAAAAAAAAAAAGACAAAUAAACUGCAUGGUGCUUUAACAGGAUCUGGUGACCUGGCUCAACCCAGCCGCGGCUGGCUGAUGCUGUGCAUGGCAGACUCUAUUAACCGGCUCUACCUUCCCCUUCAGCAAAAGAGAAAAAAAAAAAAAAAAAGAGGAAAAAAAACUCAAAAAAAAAAUCUGUAUAAAAGAAAAAAAAAGCCGUAAAAAAAAAAAAAACCACACAAGAAAAAAAAAUUCCAUGUUUUCCUAAUUUGCACGAAAUUUUAUACCACAUGAUGUGCCUUGCCUUCGAAGCCUAAGUAUUACUGGACCCGAUAUCAGUGCGAGGGAGUCGCUGCAUGCCCGGGGCUCCCGGGGGGCCGGGGGGGCCCGGGGCGGCUGCCCCCCCCUCGCCUCCUGCAUGGCUUCUUCUCGGCCGGAAAAGUCCCUUUUUCUCUCUAUUAUUCUUCUUUUUUAGCCGAUUUUCCCCCUCAGAAACGUCUUCCAGUUGGUAAUACCGAUGCAUCCUCUGCGCCAACACACCGGAAUAUGCAAUAGCUGCGGGGGGGGCCGGCCGGGGGGGCGGCCACCCCUUUGCUUUGCCUCUCUUUUCUUUGUUUUCCUUCCCUUUUGGGGGGUUUUUAUUUGGUUUUUUUCUGCUUCCAGCAACCAAAGGCAGCGAGGCGGGAGGCGGCAGGGACCCCCGGGCCAGAGCCCCCCCAGAACGCUCGGGGGGGACACCCGGUGUUCGGGCGCGGCAGAACGGACGGGGACGUGGUGGGGUCCGUGCGGGGAGGAGCAGGGAUGGAGACCCCCAUGGCUGGCCCUUACGGGGGGGCCACAGCGUCCCACCCCCCCUUAGGGGACCCCCGCUUUUUAAUUGGUGUUCAAUGGGGCGCAGGGCCAGGAGGGCUGAGCCCGGCUGCUCUCGUGACAGGAAUGGAACCGUGUGAAUGUAGCUGUGCCCCCCCACCCCGGGCUGGUGUCGGGGGGGGUCACAGCCUCCCCCUCACCCCCAUCCCCAUCGGCUUCAUCCCCGGGGGUCCGGCUGGCGCAGCAGGGAAUGGCAGGAGGUGCCCUCUACCCGCUUCUCCCUGCUGUGCCCGCUGCCGAGCAGGGGCCCGACACCCCCAAAAAACCCAGAAUUUGCCUUAAAACCCCAGCGUUCCGCCGGCCGGAGGGACGCCCCCCACAGCCCUCUGAGGCUGACGCGGGUCGUGACACCGGUGGGCGGGUGGCACCGGCAUCGCUGCUGCUCGGGCAUGAAGAAACGUCGUCGUCAACAGCUUCUAAAAUUUUUAAUUUUUUUUUUUUUUUUUUUUGGUGCCCAAAAGUAUUAGUGGGGGAUGGCAGGGGGGGGUCGCGUCCCGCUGGGUUUUGCCCACCGGUGAGGCUGGUGUGGGGGUCCCCCGGGAAGGGGAACAGCCUUGGGAGCCGCUUCUUUAUGCAAGGUGCAGUAUUGAUUUCUGCAAGGACAAUGCAAGGAGGGAGCGGGGGGGGGGGGGCGGCGUCCAGUUGGGGGGGGAAGGAAUGAAAAAUAGAGCUACAAAAAAGAGACAAAAUUAAAAAAAAAAAAAAAAAGAAGAGAGAAAGCUAAAAAAAAAAAAAAAGAGAGAAAAUUUAAAAAAAAAAUAGAAAACCAGAAAACAUAAAAAGGGGGUUUAGGCUGGAAAAGGCUCAGCUCAAAGCAAAAAAUAUAGGAAAAAAAAGAAAGAAAAAGCAUUUUUCAGCGGUGACAGUGACAGCGGAAGGGGGGGGCACCAGGGCAGCCCCCCCGGCAAGCCCUGGGGAGGCGAGGGGCGCUGGCGCCCCUCGGGCCUGGCCCCCACCCCCCCGCCCCGAGGAAGCCCCCAGAGCCCCCGUCCCCGCGGGGACACCACCGGGGCCGUCCCCUGCCCCCCUCUUGCUGCCUCCCCACCCCGGGCCGGCAGCACGUCCGGCCGGGCUGCGGCCGCAGCCCCCCAAAACCCGCCCUCGGCAAGAAAAGCACCUUAAACCAUGUUAAAAAAAGGCAAAAAAGAAUCAACUCGACGCCCCCCAGGCCAUAGGGCGGCAGCGGGGGGGCCGGGCCGGGGGCUUCCCCUUGGGGAGCCGGGGAGCCCCCCGCGCCCCCGGGGUCUUUGCACUGCUCCCCCGACACCCCCCUGGGGCCGCAAUCCCGGCUCUGCCCAAAGGGAAUAUGCAACACCCCCCGGGCCCUCCCCGGGGGGCACCACUCAUUUUUAUUAUUUCUAUUUUUUUAAUCAUUCUCUUUUUUUUUUUUUUUUUUUUUUUAUCCCCCGGCGGCCUCGAUGGCCGCGGUCGGGGUGGGCGCAAAGCCGCGGGGGGGGGGGGGAGGGAACACUCCCCAUCCCUGGGGAUGCUCCGGGGGAGUCCCCCACAGGAUGGGGACACGAGGGGGCUCCGCUCGACAAUCACCGCGGGGGUUUCAUGCACUACAGUCUCUCCUAGAGGGUUUUUAGUCGGGCUCGUCGGCUUAAAAAAAUUAAUUAAAAAUAGUCCUCGUGACCUAUAAAUAAAACAAAUAACCUGUACAUAUAUAUAUAUAUAUAUCUCCACAUAUAUAUAUAUGGGGCUGCAGGGCCGGGGGGGCGCGGGCCCACGGGCCCACACACAGUUAAGGUACUUUAAAUCACAAAGGAAUAUAUAUAUAUAUAUAUAUAUAUAAAAUCCCCUAUAUAUAUAUAUAUGUCUUGUUUGGUGGGGUUUGGGUUCUUUUUUGGAUUUUGGGGGUUUUUUUGUAGUUUUGUUUUGUUUGUUUGGGUUUUUUUUUGUACUCGGAGUUUGGAAUUUGCUGCUUUCUGCCCCCAGCCCGGGGAUCCCAGCGCCGGCUGGGGACCCGCUGGGUGCCCCCGGUGGUGGGUGCCCCGCGAGAUGCCCACGGGUGACCCUCUGGGUCUCCCGUGCGAUGCCCGUGGGUGUCACUCUGGGUGUUCCGGGUGACGCCCACGGGUGCCCCGAUGGGUGCCCGAUGGAUGCUCCAGGUGAUGCCCGUGGAUGCUCCUCUGGAUGCUCCAGGUGAUGCCUGUGCGUGACUCUCUGGGUGCCCCGGGCGGUGCUCGCAGGUGCCCUGCUGGGUACCCAGAGGAAUACCCACGGGGGUCCCUCUGGUGCCCACGAGGAUCCCUCUGUGUGCCCCUGGGUGUCCCUCUGGGUGGUCCAGGUGAUGCCCCUCUGGGUGCCCCUGAAGAUACCCGUGUGUGCCCCGGGUAGAAUCACGGGUGCCCCUCUGGGUGUCCCGGGGAGACCCCCAGGUGCCCCUCUGGGUACCCCCGUCCGUGGGUGCCCCUCUGGGUGCCCCCGUGCCCCGCUGGGUGCCCCGCGCGAUGCCCGCGGGCAGGCGGGAGGGAGAGCCGGGGUGUGGGGGGCAAAACCCACCCCGGGGCAAAGAGCGGCAAAAAGGAGAGAAACCGCCCCAAAAAGGCGCCGAGGCGGCAGCCGGCCGGACCGCGCCUCACCCAAACCAAAAAUCCCGCCGCAGUGCCUCCGCGCCGCCGGCUGCCCCCGCCCGCCUUUUCGGGGGUCCCCGCUCCCCCCGGGGGGGGCAGGGGCUGCCCCUCCCUCCCUCCCCCCCCCGCAGUUAUAUUUUACUCGUUCGCCGGAUUCUCGCUUUGCUUUGCCGCAGCCGAUACACACCGCGAGCGCACCAGGGCCGCGAGCCGGGGCCGGGCCCCCCUGGCUGUGCCCCCCCCGCGGCCCCCGGCCCCGCAUGACCCCCCCCGAGCCCCCGCUCGCCUCCCUGGUGCUUCACGAUAUUUGAUUAUACCAUUGUACGCAGCCAUUACCGAUAGCGCCGCUCCUGCCUACAUACACUUACUGACCCUGAUACGGAUUUUUGGGGGUUUUUUUUGGUUUUCUUUUUCGUUUUGUUUCUUUUGUUUUCUUUUAGUUUUGGGGUUUUUUUUUCGUUGGGUUGUUUUUGGUUUUUUUUUUUUUUUUUUGGUUGUUCCCCCCCCUCCCCUAUGCAAAAAAGAGAAAAAAGAGACAAAAAAGAAGAAAAAAACAAAAAAGAAAAAACUGACACACAAAAAAAAAGAUUAAAAAAACGAAAAGGAAAAAAAAAAGACAAAAAAAAAAUGUAUAAAAAUUAAACAAGCUAUGCUUCAACUCCA